AUGUCAGAAGAGUUUACAGAGUAUAAGGAUCAAAUGACCCUUAAAAGGAAGCGUACGAAGCUGCCAAGGCCAUCACACUCUAGCUCAUCGAGCGGUGGCGGUGGAGAUGGUGGCGGUCGAGGAGGCGGAAACGAGUUCCGUUCAUUGGUUUCAUCUCCCACAACCACAGCAACAUCUAGUGGAAUAUCUACAAGUACCGAGGAAGAUGAAAACAUGGCCAAUUGUCUAAUUCUUUUAGCACAAAGUGGUGACAAGGUGGAGAAAUUUAGUAGCCAAAAUUUCGCAGAAAUGGCCAAUAUAACACAGGGAAAGGUUGGCAUCUAUGUUUAUGAGUGCAAAACUUGCGAUAGAACUUUUCCAUCAUUUCAAGCUUUAGGUGGGCACAGAGCAAGUCACAAGAAGCCUAAGUCUACAACAGAUGAUCAAAGGAAAUCGACGCCGUUCGAUCACGUCCAAGAAGAAAAGAAAUUGAUCAUCACUAGGCUUAGUCCACCACCUUCAAUUCAAUCAUCCAACAGAUUUGAUAUUAAGCCUAAAAUCCAUGAGUGUUCAAUAUGUGGCUCAGAGUUUUCUUCAGGACAAGCAUUGGGAGGUCACAUGAGAAGGCAUAGGACAGCACCAAAUACUCCUAGUCCUAGAGUUGGCACAAAUGAUUCUGAGAAACCUAGAAAAAUUCUUGCUUUGGAUCUUAACCUCCCGGCGCCACCUGAGGACGAUCGCCGACCGGACGAAGCAUUUCUUCUCUUCUCCUCCCCGGCCUUAGUCGAUUGCCACUACUAG